AUGAGCAUCUUGGGAAAGCAUACGGCGACCGUCGGAGACCGAUACAAGGUACGACUCACACCAGAAUAUGGCCCAGGGGGCGGUUAUGGGCAUUGUCGCGAUUACCUGCUGCAGAGCGAGAGUUGUUGGAGGGGGGACCUUACGUCGGGGGUCAGAGGAGUUCUGACAAAGAAAGGAACGAGAGCGAGAACGACAAAACGCCACGAUCUCGUCGCUGUGACGUCGGGAGAACAUUACUGGAACCAAGGGCUUGUCUACCACGAGGAACAGACAGCGCCUCCUGUUGCAGCUUCUAACAGUUUCAUGCAGAGCACCACUUCUCUUGCUACGCCUGCUGACCUGAACGCUCCGGUUGACACCCAGGGACAGCUCGAUAUCAACAGCGUCCUGAAGAAUCGACCUCCCGCAGAGGCACAGCUCUCGCCUCGCGAGAUUGCAGCCAAAACCCAUUUCGAAGCAAUGUUUGCCAAAGGCCUGCAACUGACGGUUGAAUCCAUAUUCACCGGAGAAACCUUUACCCUGACAAAACCGGCCCGUUUCUUAGGAUGGGGAUCAACGGCGAUUGUUUUUGGUUUGCACCGCGUGAAAGUGGGCGGAGCAAGUGCUCCACAACAAUUGGCAGCUAAGAUAAACGUCAGGAGUUUGCAAGAACUGCAACAUCUUUCCUCGUCUCAGAAAAAAACGGCUCUUGAGGAUAUACAAGAACGUUUUCUCCGGGAAGAGAGCUCAGCGAGGAAUGCGCUGCAACAUGUGACCCCAGAAACGGCUCUGGAGCACGGUGUCCUCUUCCCAGUUGAUGUUUGCCGUAUUUCUAAAUUGUUCUCCGGAUUUUGUGCAGGCAUUUCCUACGUAAUACUUCCUGUUCUAGCAUUGUUUCCUGUUUUUACUUGCGACCUCCAGCAGGUCGUUAAGAGUGGCCUAUCACGUGCGGCGAAGUUGUAUAUCACCCGGCUGCUGCUGCAGGCUGUUGCGUGGCUACAUGCCAAUGGCGUGGCUCACAACGACUUGAAGCUAGAGAAUGUCCUUCUCAGUGCAGAAGGAAAGGCUGUCAUUGCGGAUUUUGGUUUCGCAGUGAAGCUUGGAACCGCAUCAGCCAUUCAGUUCACUGCUCCCUAUUUGGAUCCGCAAACCGCAGAGGCAGUGCCUCAAGAGAAAACGAAAACGACCGCGAGUGAGGAAAGAGAUGCAUGGGCGUUAGCAACUCUCCUGUUUUUGCUUUGGUGUGGAUCGUUUCCAUACGUAUCGGAUGAGCAGGCCGACCUCCCCACCAGCGACUUGCUGAAAUUGCUGGUGACACUGGGAAAGACAGAAAAGCCAGCGCCGAACUUCCAUCUGUGUAAAGACCUCCCACCUGCGGUGGGACAUCUCGUAACCGCAUUUCUACAGUGGAACAGCGACAAUCGGUCUCGCCCCGGGGAUGUUCUUGACGAUUUCCUUGCUGCUACAGUGUCCGAAGGAGCGAGCGCCUAA